UUUGCUCAGAGAACACAGCUCGCAGAGUCGCAGGGAUUAAUUUGUUGAUUGGGGCGAAUGAGUUGAAGAGUGAAGACUAGUCAAUUACGCGCUGUCAAUAUUCUCAUUUCAUCACAUCUUUGAUCUUCUCAAUCUUCUGCUUGUAGAUUCUAAUGGCUUUCCCGAUCCAUCAAGGAGUCUCCUUUUCUUCUUCCACUCCCCAGUGGGACUAUGAUGUCUUCUUGAGCUUUAGAGGUGAAGAUACCCGCAAUGGUUUUACUGGCCAUUUAUAUCAAGCUUUGUGUGACAACGGUAUCAAUACCUUCAUCGAUAAUGACCUCCAAAGAGGAGAAGAAAUUUCAGUGGAACUUGUUAAAGCUAUUAAAUCAUCAAUGAUUUCAAUUAUCAUAUUCUCUCAAAACUACGCAUUUUCAUCUUGGUGCUUGGAAGAACUUGUCGAGAUUCUUAACUGCAAGCAAAAUGGACAAUUGGUUCUUCCAGUUUUUUACAAAGUGGAUCCAUCUAAAGUACGCAAGCAAGAAGGUAAAUUCAAAUUAGCAAUGGCUAAACAUGAAAACAAAUUCAAGAAUAACACAGAGAAGGUGCAGAGGUGGAGGGCAGCUCUAAAUGAAGCGGCUAGUUUGUCUGGAUGGCAUUAUGAGGAUGGGUAUGUAUCUAAUAACUAAUGUUAUGUUCUUUUAUGACUUUUAGACUUCUAAUGGUUUUGUUACG